UGGCGCCACGAUAUGAAAUCAGAUCGAAUAAAGAACAAAGGAGAGGAAUAAAUUUCUUUUUUGGUAGCUAUUUUUCGAGGAAAAAUGAGUAGAUUCGGCUAUAAGGUUUCCCUUUUAUUGCGACGAAGUGGACAACUACCAUUCUCUGUUAGAUGUCGCGGGCGGAGUGAAGAAUAAAAAGCAAGAUUGUGAAAAACGAUGAUCCUUUUUGUUCUUCAGUGCCUUUGGACUAUAGUUGCCUCCCAGUCAUCAACUGGAAUAACAGACAUUUAUUUGACGGUGUCUUCCCUGACGGAUGGUGGAGACAGGCGGUUGGAACUUAACUGGAAGGGCAGCGAUCCAGAAGCUCUUGUCGCCCUUUACAAUGCUCCCCCCGCAACAGACAGACCCCCACUAGUAACCAUUAAAGGGAAUUCUGGAGGAUACUUUAGGACACGAUUUCGCUUUCCCGAAGUCCCUUUCACCAAACUAAAUCUGACCAGCAAUUGCUUAGGAUUCUGGAUAGCAAUCCUGAAACAGGAGAGAAUAUUACAAUCGAAAUGCAUCCAAGGCCAUCCCCACUGGAUGCACGAAUCCAGGAAUUACAUCGGCAAUCUUUCUCUCAUCGAUCUGAUGUUGCCAGGUUCACACAACACCGGGUCCCAUUCACGGUACAAUCCUGAUGAGGACAACGUCUUCAGUCGGUACUUGUACACACAAGAAGAAGACGUCUUCAACCAGUUGGCUUACGGGAUCCGGUACUUGGAUCUUCGAGUUGCUUACUUCUCCUCACGAAGAUCUCCCGAGACCUUGUGGAUUACUCACAGCAGUUUUCGCACUAACCUCACCGUUAAAGACGUUAUACGUCAGGUGAAAAGUUUCCUGCAGGCCACUAACGAAAUUGUCAUAAUGGACUUUCACCGAUUUGUGACAGGUUUCAAGAGUCGCCAAGCUGGUGAAAGACACCGUGACCUCAUAUCUCUUCUAGAAAGAGAGGUUGGCGACAUAAUGAUACCAGUGUCAUUCUCAACCAGAGCCAGUUUGGAAACUUUAUGGUUGACAAACAAGAGACUCUACGUUGGAUACGCUGAAAAGAGAUUUCGAACUGCCAGUCCGUAUCUUUUUCCAGCAGUUAAGCAUCUUUGGGGAGACGUUGACGAAGUUGAUGAUCUCUGGUCUUAUCUUAACGACACUGUUUGCGAAAACUCGGGUGUUAGACUGACGUCUGCCAUGGCCCAAUUGACGCCCACCACUGCGGGUGUCCUUUUCAAUUCUUACGGUGGAUUGAGGAAGAUGGCCUCUCUCGUGAAUCGCCGGGUCACGCAAUGGUUUGCAGAAAACUGGCUGGAAUGUGCCAAUAUAGUUUCGACUGACUUCAUUUUGGGAAAUGGUAUUACGGAGUUGGCGAUUUCCGUAAAUAAAAACAGAACUCAUCGAGCAAAUUUCUAGAAUGAAUUGGAUAUUAAGAAAACAUGUUGUAAUCACACGCAUUAAUGUUUCUAUCGAACUUUUUAAAAGAUGAAUUGUUUUCAGUAAACAAUUUAUAGUGCAUCAACUGAUGAUAGUGCACCAAUCACUGAACUUUAGAUUCAUAAUCCAAUUAAAAGUUAUUUAUUUAAUCACGCAUACAGAUGUAGGCUUACAAAUAAUAGCUUAUAAACCCACGCCAAAUAGAAGAAUGGAUAGCAUGAAACAGCAUGCAUUCUAGAAAAAGAUAUACAGAUUUAUGUCGGUAUUCGAACUCGCUUCAGAGAGUUUGACGAUAGGACAAUGUUCAUCAUGCACCAAAACUUAUUUAAUGUUAAAAAAAAAAUCGCAUUUUUAUAGUUUUUUUGUUAAAAAUUGCACAGCUACUAAGUUUUUAAAAAAGUAAGACAUCAUUAGAAUUAACUUGAGCCAAAAUUAGUGAACAAACAGAAGUGAUUGAGAGACUAAGGUACCAAGCUAUGGCAGAGAAGGCUCCCAGUUCGUGGUCCGACAUUAUUUAAUAAUUCAACUUAAAUGUUAUCUGAAUUUUUUUAACUUUUUAUACGCUUUAAUUGUUUGAGCGGCAAUAGCACAUGAGAUAAAGCACUCGCCUAUUAAUCAGGUGGAUUGGGUUCGAAUCUCAAUGGUGGUUGAUACAAAUUCAGUAGGCAGGUACUUUUUUUUACAUCGCACUAUAAUUCUGCGCAAUGGGCUAUUAACGAAGGUCUGGGAAACAUCCCUGAGGAUGAUCCGAAGACUUGCCAUCACAAAUUGUGAGGCCAAUUCCUCAAUUUAAACGCAGAUCUACAGCGGAACUUUCAGACCGGAGUCUCUAAUCACUGGGCUACCACGGCCCUCCAUACGAAUUCGCAUCCACCACAGUGUUGACGUUCUCAGGGAUAGAUGGAUCAAGAGUUAGAAUCCCCUUGUCGUCGGGAAAUUAAACGUAGAGGAUUUUUUGAAAGCUUCCUCCCCGUGUCGCGCAAAUGCGAUUUAGUUCCACCAAAAAGACCUCAACGAAAGCUAGUUUGUCGGAAUGCUCGAUCAAGGAAUUUCUUUGUCUACUGGGUUGGAUUCAAAAUUCCAAGGUUAUGGAGUUGCACAUUGAUAGCUGUGAACCCAAAUAUGGGUUUACAUCAGUAAAAAACUAAACCCAAAUAAACGAAGGCUGAAAUUAUCGGUAGAAGUUGUAGAGCAUACCUUCAUGCCUAUUUUUAUGUAUCGAGUUCAGUUGACGAUAACUAUCGAAAUAUUAUAUUGGAAUUUUGAAAGAAUAUUUGAGUAUAAAGAACAAAUAUUUGCCGCUAUAUUCUUCUUAAAUGCUUCGACUUUUUAAGAGAGUCAGUUUUAAAAUUAUGGCCAAAGGCAUUUAAACUGUUUUAUUAGAAUUAAAGUGCAUCAAAAACACAAUAAAAGGAACAUUGCUUUUUAAAGAAAAUCACUUAUUCUCUGGUUGAUAACAGUGAUUAAUAUAGAACAAUCGUAUUUGAUGAACCAAUCCACAUGAUUAAUAUUUGGAUUAAUGGACCAGAAUUAAAUUUUUUAGCAGCCUAUGCUGUACCUCAACCGAGAGGGCGGUAGGUUCGUGACCCGAAUUUGCUUAGACAGACCAUCACCAACACGUGAACAAAGUAAAAGGGUUAACUAUAGGAACUACGGUAUCAGAUGUUAUCUGAUAUAGAAGACAAACAGGCAUUAAAAUUUUUACUGCUUCUUUGUUUUUUAUAUAAUUUAAAAUUAUGUUUUUUUUUUCUUUUUGAAAAUUUAAUUUGGAUGAAAAUUUAAAUGAGGGAUGUAUGCAAAAGGUAAUUUAUUUAGAAGAUCGAUAUAAAAUUUUGUUUUUAAAAAUACAUAUUGAGAAAAUACUCCUCUUUUUUCUUGUAAGAUUGAAUUGAUAAGAAACUUCGAUAUUCACGAACGAGGUACUACGUAUUAAUGCUUGCUUGAUUGAUUGAUACUACUGGUAUAUGAUUCAGAUUGUACUUUGGUUUUAAGCUUUCUAGGUUUGUUUAUAUGAACAGUGAUAUCAAUGUUAUACGUAAGAUGCUGGAGAUUUGUAAUUUUAAACAUUUAAACGUUAUUUUUCAAUAAAAUUAAUUAAAGUUAUAGUCAGACGUAAAGUACAGAGUUAUUCUUUAAUGGAGCCAUCUCGAAUUUCAUCGUAUGGAGUCGUUGCAGUUCGAGGUUGGAACAGUGUAGGAUGACGGAUGGUAACUGACGAACGACAAAAUUCAGGACAAAAAUUAAAAAUGUUUGUACUCAUUAAAAUUCUGGUGCAAAAGUGUUGAACUUCUUGCAAGCUAAAUGCACCAAAAACUUGCCAAUAACGGAGAAAAUGGACUAAGUACAAGGAUUCAAUAAGCCAUAGAAAUAAUUUAAAGGCCGUGCGGUUUGGGUUAUUAAGCCACCAUGUAUUUAGGAUGAGAACCAUGUAUUUAUACUUAAUUCCUGACAAAUGAAAAACUUUUAGAAUGCUUGUUCUCUCCAUGUAAAAUAGCUUUACUUUAAUAAAAAACUUGCAAUGAUUGA